AGGAAUCCUAAAGUUGCUCCAAAAUUCCUUCGAAAAUCUUUUGAAUGAAAGAGCCCUAAAGUUGCUCGUUCAAACCAAAUUCAAAUUCCCAAAGGUUUUUAAGCCACAGUUUUUGAGGCAUCGUCGGCAAGCUUGGGCCCUCCUCCGCUCGAAGACCCAACGGAGCGAUGGACUCCCGCCACCAGCGGCUGGCGACACUGACCAAGGCCCUGACCGCGCACGUCAACGCCGGCCGCCACGGCGAAGCGCUCGCCUUCUUCGCCCGCAUGGCCGCCGACCCGGCGCUCCCGCCGCUCGCCGACCCGUCCUUCGCGUACGCCCUCCCGCUCGCGCUCAAGUCCGCCGCCGCGCUCCGCCUGCCCUCCUCCUCCGCCGCCGCCCCCAUCCACGCCCUCGCGCGCAAGUGCAGCGGCCUCCUCAGCAACCCGUUCGUCGCCUCCGCGCUCGUCACCUCCUACGGUGCAUGCGCCGGCUCCUCCCCUGAGGCCGCGCGCAGCCUGUUCGACGAAUUGCCCGGCCGAACCGCCGUCGUCUGGAGCGCCAUGAUCUCCGUCUACAUCCGGUCUGGGGACGUCUCCGCUGCCGCGCAGGCGCUCGGCGAGAUGGACGUCACGCCCACCGCUUCCUGCUUCAACUCCGUGAUCGCGGCCGUGGUCGAGUCCGGGGAGCGUCCGGCUCGGGCCGUCGAGCUCUACCGGCAGAUGCAGGGUAUGGGCGUCAAGCCCUCGCUCAUCACCCUGCUGGCGCUCGUCCCCGUGUGCACGGCCCUUGGCGCUCUGAGUUCGGUCAGGGAGGUGCACGGCUUCGCGGCACGGCACGGCAUGUUCUCGAGCUGCCAUCUCGGCAGCUCCCUCGUCGAGGCGUACGGGCGGUGCGGCUCUUUGGUCGGCGCGCAGAGGGUUUUUGACCUGGUGAACGAGCGUGACGUGGUUGUCUGGAGCUCCAUGGUGUCGGCGUACGCGUUCCAUGGCCAUGGAGACGUCGCGAUGUCGCUUUUCAGGCGUAUGGAGCUGGAGAAGGUCCGGCCUGAUGGCAUCAUGUUCCUCGGCGUGUUGAAGGCCUGCGGCCAUGCUGGUCGCGCAGAUGACGCUUUGAAGUAUUUCGAUGUGUUAACCAAGACAUAUGGAGUGGAAGCAUGCGGAGAUCAUUAUUCGUGCUUGGUUGAUGUCUUGGGACGGGCAGGGAGGUUGCAUCAGGCCUAUGAUGUUAUCCGGACGAUGCCGGUUAGAGUUACCGCAAAGGCCUGGGGUGCUCUCCUUGCUGCUUGCAGGAAGUAUGGGGAGGUGGGGCUGGCAGAAGUUGCAGCGAGAGCGUUGUUUGAGAUUGAACCAGAGAAUGCAGGGAACUUUAUUUCGCUUGCCAAUAUCUAUUCGGGCUUGGGUAUGCAUGAGGAGGCACAGCGGGUGAGAAGGGACAUGGAGCAACGAGGCUUGCAGAGCUCACCUGGAAGCAGUUGGACGAUACACCGCAAGUCAAGUGAACUUGUCUGAAGGAGGAGGUUGACAUUUGGGAAAUUUCAAGUUUAUUCGGAUACACAAUUUCUGUGCCCAUGAUAAUGUAAGCGGGAUAUGCCAAUAUCUCUUUCUUUUUGGAGGGUCUAUUGAGUAGAACACCACUACUUUUAGUUAAUAGCAUCUGGAAAAUAUUUAAUUGUACCAGAGCCCUAACCCUAAAUCUAUCAGAAUAUGCUGCAUCUCAACCUGAACUGAUUGUAAAUGCAGCAGACACUUUUCUGUGGCUUAAUUCUUAGCUGGAAAUCCUGCAUAAACAUCAAAUUUCCUUCUUGGAAUGUUGGAAAGAAGCGAUGACCCUGUUAGAAGUCAUGUCUAUUAUCAAAGUUCAGUUCUAGCCUGAUCUUAUUACCAUCUUAUUUACACAUUUCCUACUUCAGUUUUUUGUGUCAUUUUCAAUCUGACACUGCAUGAAUUUAUAUUCUUGAAAUAUAAUCAUAAACUUUGUGCUAUCAGUAAAAAAAAAACUUUUAUCGAUGUUAUACAGUACAUUUUCUUCCUGCCAACAGCAUUUCCAUCAGCAUACAUUGGAAUUCAAGUUCAAAGGACUGCAGAGGAAACAUAACUCUAUAUAUAAUGUUUCUUACUUUUACAAGUUUUUCAGCAAAGCAGUAGGCAUUUGCAACUAUCAUCUAAUGCCACUCUGCUAAUGCACAUAGCUGUCCACAAUCCCGUUGCUGUCAGUGGAUAUUAACUUCACUGAUGUUAAUUACAUCCGUGUACUGAACUCAUUGUGAUUCUUUAUUCUGAAGCUAAACUAAUAUAUCUUAUGUCAGUUUCUACGGACCAAGGAACUAUCUUUAGCUUU